CUUCUACGCUUAACGGUCCGUACACAGGUAUAAACAGUCUAGGUGUAGCGGCAGAUGUGUGAAUAGCUUGAAUUUCGUUAGAUGCUAACAGUUGGGUUUUAAGCUUCGAAUGAGACAGUCGAGUCCCAUAGUCACUAUACGUUGAUGUACGGAAUUCAAACAAAGUGCUGUGAAUUUAUUUAUUUUUCUCUAGUUUCUGGGAUUUUAAUACAUUGAAUUUUCAUUACAAACGGAAUUUAAUAUAGACUGGAUUACGUCUGUUGAAGCAGUUCCAAGAAGUGGCCGGACUAUCCAGCGUGGGUGUUAGUUAGUUUGGUCCCUCAGUGAUCCAAACUCCCGCACACUUCUCUACAAACACGCUCUAUGUCGACACUCAUUUGGAUGAUGAGGAUGUUAAUUUCACUAAUUUCACAAUAAAAAAAAAACUCAAUGGACUGAGCGUUACUUCGGUACUGAGGGCGAAUCCGGGGUGAAGUGUUAUAUUUAACAGUUGUUCGUGCUUGUACCCAGUCUGUGUGAUGGCCAGAGCCAGGCAUGUCUGCCCGCGUCCAAGGCCGCCCCACUGUGCCCUGUUUCUGAGAUGAUUUCUAUAACAAGAGAGAAUCAAACAUCCUACUACUGUUCCAAUGACCGUGCGAUGGUUGCUGCUUCGCCUGUUCUAAAGGUACAAAGCAAGUAUAAUAUUAUUCACCUUCUUCUGUGUGUCCUAAUGAUGACGAAUUGUGUCAGUGCUUUUCCAAGUAGUCCAAUUGUGAAACAAGACAAGAACAGAACUGUGGUAGUGUUUAACAACCAAGUCUGUCGGCCGGUAGACCCGCAACAUCUAACACAGGCAAUGGGCGAAUUCUUUGACCCUUCAAAAAUGGCCCUUGAUGAGGCCACCGUUAAACGUAGCAUUGACAAGGAUCUAAUGCAAAGUGACGAUCCGAGUGUAGAUGAUGAUGAGGAGGAUGAUGAUGAAUUAUACUCAGACAAUGAUGACGAUGAUGAUGAUGAUGAUGAGGAAGCAAGUGAUAAAUCGAAGAGCAGUGAUAAGUCCAGUUACAUUCACAAGUACACAGAGGAUCCGAAACACCCGAAUUACCUUAAGUCAAUUCAGUUUAUGAGACGGAAAAGGGACACAAAACGCUACGAAAGUGUGGACGAAUUCAAAACUCAGUAUCAAGUUCUAAUGGAAUCAAAAGCUAAUAGAAAACAAUUUAAACGAUUCAUUAGGAAAUCAAAAAAAUUAAAACAAAAUAAGAAAUUGCCAUGGACAUGCAAGACAAAGAAGAUUUGGUUAGCAAUGGAAGAAGGAUAUUUUCCCAAUUAUCUUCGGUCGGCACAGUGUAAGUCAAAAAAGUGUUUUUUCAAUUUGAAUGACUGUAUUCCCCGUAAAUACGCUGUAAACAUUCUCAAACGAGAUCCCAAUAACUGUAAUCCUGUUCCUAGUGUAGGACUAAACACAACCUACGAGGAACGGUGGUUCCUCGAUAAGUACCACGUGACCGUAUUCUGUGAAUGUGGAGUCGGUUCCGGGCGUCGGCGAGGGAAGAAAGCACGGAGACCUCGACGCUCGUAAACCCUAGCUUUAGUGUGCAUUCCACGUGCCAACAUUCCGAAGGACCAUUGUACCGGACUGUGAUAUUGGGAGCAAUAGGUUCCCGACAGAAAUCCAAACUUGAACUAUAUGAAAACACUUACCCUAUGUUAAUGUGCAAUUUUUCUUAAUGGAUAUAGUGUAUGUGAUGUUGUCUGUUUCGUAUUUAUUGUUCAAUAUCGUGAGGUACUGCCAUUUUGUGACAUUCCCAUUGAUUCACAAAAGCAAAGAAAUCCAGAGAGAUGAAGUACACGUGCUUCGUCUUGUUAAUUGUGUUCAUCUAGGAUGUGGCCAGUGCGACGCAGAAAGGCUUAUAAUAUUGCCUUUUAAGAAAAAGACAGAUUGUGUUGGUUUUACUUAUUUUCGUCAAAAGAAAUGAAUGUGAUUGACUAUUUGAUAUGGGCAUUGUGGCCAUAGAAAGAAGCGACUGUUACAUUAUUGUUGAAGAACCAACACUUAAGUGCAGGGAAUAUAUGUAUAUAUACAAAACAUUGUUAAUAUUAUUAUUAUUUAUUGUCGUAUUUCUAAUACAUUCAAACACAAAAACUUAUAAAA